CAGCCUCCAAACCCUCACUGAGGGCCUCUGGGUUUCUCUGGGUUUCUCUGUUCUGGGCACACACAGCGAUGCUGUUUUGCUGCCUAUCCCUUGGGGGAGUUAGGCUGCAGACUGACAGAGAGCAGCUGGAAAGUGUUCCUGCGGUCACUGCUCGCCUCCAGAGCCUGCUGCUCAAAAGCUGAAGCCCCACGGGAGCAGCUGGCCCAUGGCCCCCAAGCGCCGAGCACCCCUUGCAUCCCAGCCUGCUGAUGGGGGCAAGAAAGCCAAGGGGGGGCAGGAGGAGGAGGAGGAUGCCUGGAGCUCCGCGCUCACUGCCUUGAAGGCAGCCCCCAAGGAACCCCCCGCCACCAUUGAUGGGCAGUGUCCCUUGAGUGCAGGGCCUGAUGCACAGGUCUAUGAGGACUAUGACUGCACCCUGAACCAAAGCAACAUCAGAGCCAACAACAACAAGUUCUACAUCAUCCAGCUCAUCAUGCACGAUGGCACCUACAGCACCUGGAACCGCUGGGGACGUGUGGGAGAAGUGGGCCAGUCCAAGCUCCUGUCGUUCACCUCUCUGGAAGCUGCCAAGAAGGAUUUUGAGAAAAAGUUUUGGGAAAAGACCAAGAACAGCUGGGCAGCACGGAAAAACUUUGUGGCCCAGCCAGGAAAGUACACCUUGAUAGAGGUGCAGCCCGGCGCCGGGCAGGAGGUGGCCCUCAGGACGGAUGGUGUGGGUGAUGGGAAGGUCUCCAAGUGCCGCAUGCUGCCUUGUGCCUUGGAUGAGACCACGCAGGAGCUGGUGGCCCUCAUCUUCAGCAGCGACAUGUUCCGCCACGCCAUGCAGACCAUGAAUAUUGAUGUGAAGAAGAUGCCAUUGGGGAAGCUGAGCAAGCAGCAGAUUGCUCAGGGCUUCGAGGCACUGGAGGAGCUGGAAGCUGCACUGGGGGAGCAACCCUGCAGGAUGUCCCGGCUGGAGGAGCUCUCCUCACGCUUCUACAUCAUUGUGCCCCACAACUUUGGGCGGGCACGGCCACCCCCCAUUGAUUCCCCCGAGCUGCUGCGUGCCAAGAAAGACAUGCUGCUGGUGCUGGCUGACAUCGAGGUGGCACAGAGUCUGCAGGCACAGAAGGUGGAGGAGGAGGAGGAGGUGGUCACCCACCCCUUGGACCAGGACUACGCCCUGCUGUGCUGCCAGCUCUCCCUGCUGGAGCACACCUCCCAAGAGUGUGAGAUGAUCCUGAACUAUGUGACACAGACAGGGGGCCAGGUCUACAUCCUCAACGUCUGGAAGGUGACCCAAGAGGGUGAGGACAAGCUCUUCCAGGCCCAUGACCACCUGGAGCACCGGCGCCUGCUGUGGCACGGCACCAACGUGGCAGUGGUCGCGGCCAUCCUGAGGAAUGGGCUGCGCAUCAUGCCCCACUCGGGGGGACGCGUGGGCAAGGGCAUCUACUUUGCCUCUGAGAAUAGCAAGUCUGCUGGCUACGUGGGCUGCACAUCCACGCGAGUUGGCUUGAUGUUCCUGACGGAGGUGGCUCUGGGCAAACAGUACUGCAUCACCCGCGAUGAGCCCACGCUGCAGCAGCCGCCCGAUGGCUAUGACAGCGUCCUGGCCUGUGGUCGCACGGAGCCAGACCCUGCACAGGAUGUGGAGGUGAUGCUGGAUGGGAAGAAGGUGUUGGUGUGCCAAGGCAAGCCGAUCCCCGUGCCCGCCUACAAGGACUCGUCCUUCCAAAGCGAGUACCUCAUCUACCAGGAAAGCCAGUGCAGGAUCCGCUAUCUCGUCCAGCUCCACUUCUGAGAGCAUCAGGCUC